UUAGAUAUUUUAUUUGGAAAUUGUAUUCCAUGUAAGUAUUUUGCAUCAUAUAUUUAUAGUGUUAGUCGUGCCUUAAAUUCAUCAUACAGCAAAUAAAAUGCCACGACCAAGGCGUACUAAUAUUAGUCGCCGAACACGUAAUGCUUAUACUUUAAGGUCGAAUAGAACAUUGCAAAGUGAGGAAGGGCGUGCAAAAAUUAAUGCAGAUAGAAGAGAUCGAUAUGCACGAAAUCGAAACUCACCAAUCGAUCUCUUGAUAGGCAGCCACCUCGAAAUCGGCCAAUGCGAGCGGGAGUUCGUGUUUUGCAGCAAACGCUCCUUGCUGCUUUUAAUUACGAUAGUGCGAUUGAAAUGCGGUGGUUGAAGUGCGGUGAAAUGACGGUGAGAUGUGCACAUUGUGGUGCAGCCAAAUUUCCAAAUGAAACAGAUGGCAUGUGCUGUGCUAACGGCAAAGUGAAAUUGCCAACAUUUGAAUCUCCACCCGAUCCACUACUUAUUCUUGGAAUGGUAUCAACGUCGACACAUUUUUUGUCUCAUAUUCAAGAAUACAAUGCAUCAUUUCAAAUGACUUCUUUUGGUGCGACAAAAAUUGUAAGAGACAAUUUUAUGCCGACGUUCAAGAUUCAGGCUCAGAUUUACAACCGCGCUGGCUCAUAAUUACCAUAUCCUGAUACCGCGUAUUCCGUUGAUACCAACAGACAUGCCGUUUGAAUUUAAGCGACUGCAAUUCCCAAUGCGUCUAUCAUUUGCCAUGUCCAUCAAUAAGGCACAAGGACAAACGCUUC